GCCGCAUGCAUUGGACCAUUUUUCCUCGGUUGUACAAGCCUUGAUCGGGAUUGCAUUACCUGUUUUGGCACAGCAGAGGAGUGCGUGCUGACUUUUGAGGUGAAGUUGGAGCAAGCGUGAAUCAUUCGCUUGCCGUCCUUCGUACACGUCGCCCAACUGUACGCAAGAACAAUGAGUUUCCAGUGGACAAUCGUCGCCGCCUUUUUGUACGCGGAAAUAGCCAUCGUUUUACUUCUCAUGAUCCCCUUCAUCUCGCCCAGAACAUGGAACAAGUUGUUCAAGUCUCGGUUCCUCAAAAGCCUUGGUGCCCAAGCGGAUAUUUACUUCACAGUUAUGAUCGUUGUUCUGGUCCUGUUCUUUUUCGACUCUGUCCGGGAGAUGCGCAAGUAUGGCGCCCACCGCGAGGAAGCGCAGUCAGAGUACCACCACCAUGGCAACCUUGACGUGGAGAUGCAGCAGAGCAUGAAGAUGUUUCGAGCCCAGCGAAACUUCUACAUAGCUGGCUUCGCCCUCUUCCUGUGGCUGGUAAUCCGAAGGCUCGUGACACUGAUCAGCGCACAGGCUGUCCUCCUUGCUGUCAACGAAGCAUCCAUGAAGCAAGCGCAGUCCGCCACUGAAGCUGCCCAGAACCUCCUCAAGCUGCGAAGUGACGUUUCUGCAAAGAGCGACAACACGAAGCAGAACGAGGGCAACAGCAAGACCGAAACCCUGGAGAGAGACAUCAGAGAGCUGAAGACUGAGCUUGAAAAGGCCCAAAAAGAAGUGGCCCACCUGACCAAGGACAGGGAUGCCCUGAAGCUGCAAGCUGAGAACUUGAGCAAGGAGUACGACAGGCUGUGCGAGGAGCACUCGAAGGCACAGGCUGCAGGUGGAGAGCCCACAAGCAAGAAAGACAACUAGGAAUAUUGCAAUUCAUCCUCUGAGCCAGUGUUGCUGCUGCUUUGAUCUUUUCCAUUUUCCUUGCGCCACAGUUGUGCCUCUCUGAUACAGCGAGAGCACAUUGCAAAGUGAACAUUGGAAAGUGGUUGUUUGUGUAUGUGAUGUGAUAUUUUAACUGCUAAGAUUGUGUGCUGAAUGAAAGGGUGUGGUUUUUUGUGUGUUUUUUUUAAUCAAUUGCACAUUGUACUCUGCUGCACUUGCAGGGAGUGUUCAGUUACCUGAUUAAUGAAUGGUACUGUUCUUUAAUACUAUUCUCUAAAUGGGAGGUAACAAUACAUGUUUAUUUUCCCGGUGUCACUAUAACCAUCGGGUGUGUAUAAAAGUGCCUGGCGUAUCGUAGGACUACUUAUGCCCAUGUUUUCAGACAUUGAACCGAUUUCUGGUUCCGUUGGUUUGCAUAUGCACAAAACAAACGCACACGGUCUACACUGUAUGAGUGCAUGUUCCUCAAAUGUCAUGAAAUAAAAAAUUUCCUCUGUACAA